AUGAGGUUGAUUUUGGUUAAACCCACCAACGCGACUCGUCGUCUUGACUCAACAGGUGAAGUCUUUCGAGACGAGGACCAUGAGCACUGCAACGCAGGCUGUCCUGCUUCUCUGACAAAGGCCCAUGAGGGGAAGCCGUACUCUGGAAGCUCUGUCGAAACACCUUCAUCCGCACAGGAGAAAAGUCUGCGCUGCGUAUCUUCACCACAUGAAAAGUCUAAUGGAAUCAGCCCUCCAAAAAGCUCGGCCCGGAUGUCGCCCCUGAAAACUGAAAACCUAACUUUAUCACAGCUGAGUGAUCAGGACUGGCUGCUCCUCUGUGAUCAGACUUCUCAGAACCUCAGUGGAUCGAGACUUUCUCUUCCUAAACACAGCCCACCGCUGAGCGAUGCCUUAGAAACCAGCGACAUCCUCAAUGGGGAUGUGGUGCGGCAGUUGAGCAGUCACGGCACCUUAAGAUCAAGCCUUGCAGAUCUUCACUCAGGCCAGCAGCCUCUCCAGCUCCUCCACAACGCCAUACUGGAAGACGCCUUCUCUAAAGUCAUCAGAGAAGACUCCAGUAAGACCAACAGUGGAAAACUGACCAGGGAAGAAAGCACUCACCCUCAGAAAAAGACAAAGGACUUCAGCUACCGGCUCGGUCAGAGAAAAGUUCUCUUUGGGAAACGAAAGCAGCUCAGUGACUAUGCUUUAGUCUGUGGGAUGUUUGGCAUCAUUGUCAUGGUCAUCGAAACUGAGCUGUCGAGGGGGAUUUAUAACAAGGAAUCCUUAUAUUCUUAUAUCCUGAAGGGCCUGAUCAGCCUCUCUACGGCAAUUCUGCUAGUACUCAUUGUGAUGUACCAUGCAAGGGAAAUCCAGCUCUUCAUGGUGGAUAACGGGGCAGACGACUGGAGAAUAGCCAUGACCUUUCAGAGAAUCCUGUCUGUUGUGUUGGAGCUGCUGGUCUGUGCUGUCCAUCCGAUCCCAGGCCAGUAUGUGUUCACCUGGACGGCUCGACUUGCCUUAAGUUACACGGCAUCAGUGGCAGACGCAGACCUCGACAUCGUGCUUUCAGUGCCAAUGUUUCUGCGCCUGUACCUGAUUGGACGGGUGAUGCUGCUCCACUCCAAGCUGUUCACAGAUGCUUCCUCUCGCAGUAUUGGGGCACUCAACAAGAUCAACUUUGACACUCGAUUUGUCAUGAAGACUUUGAUGACCAUAUGUCCUGGCACAGUCCUGCUUGUCUUCAGUGUGUCUUGUUGGAUAAUUGCAGCUUGGACUGUGCGCGUAUGUGAGAGGUAUCACGAUGCACAAGAAAAAACAAGCACCUUCCUUGAUGCAAUGUGGUUGAUCUCCAUAACCUUCCUGUCCAUCGGAUAUGGAGAUAUGGUCCCUCACACCUACUGUGGGAAAGGAGUUUGCUUGUUAACAGGAAUAAUGGGCGCUGGUUGCACAGCUCUGGUUGUCGCUGUUGUUGCAAGAAAGUCCGAACUCACCAGGGCAGAAAAACAUGUCCACAACUUCAUGAUGGAUACUCAACUUUAUAAAAAGAUAAAAAACACAGCCGCAAACGUGCUGAGAGAGACAUGGCUCAUCUACAAAAACACUAAACUGGUCAAGAAGAUCGAUCACGCCACCGUGAGACACCAUCAGCGUAAAUUCCUCCAAGCUAUCCACCAGCUGCGGGAGGUCAAACUGGAGCAAAGGAAGUUAACUGACCAGGCCAACACAAUUGCUGAUCUUGCAAAGACUCAGAACAUGAUGUAUGACCUGGUGUCAGAACUGCAGCAUCGGAGUGCUGAGCUGGACAGGAGGAUUGUGGCAAUGGAGGAGAAACUCGACUCCAUUCUCCUCAGUGUACAGUCCCUGCCUGCUGUGCUUUCUCAAGGAAUAACAAAGCUACAGAAGGAUUUCCUAGAUGACUUUGCCUGUCGUGUCCACUUCCUGUCAUCCUCUCUAAGCUCCGAGUGCUGCUCAGUGCCCGCCAGGCAGCUCUGUCCAGGAUCCACCACCCCGGAGACGCCAUACGGCUGAUGUACCUCACUCAGGGU